AUGUUUUCUCAACGUUAUAUUCCGUUCUUUGGGCUGUUCCUGUCGACCGGAGCACUUGCUGUUUCGCAAGCUUCGAAAGAUGUUGCUGGUUAUGCGUAUGGGCAGCCGAUUCCUGUUAGUUGUUUGAAUAGGACAAUAGACUCAGGUGAACAUAUACGAGACUCCCUCGGCCGACUACAAUACAUCCCCUUCCCAACAUGCAACGAAACCUCUUCGCCUCUCGCGCUCCACUACGGCGUGACAGAAACCGUCUCCUGCACCAUUGACUCUCUACCCGACGAAUUGUACCAUUUACUAGAAUACUACGUCCACUCCGAUGCGCCGCUGACAUGUCGCGUGCCCACGAUCCCAUUAGACGGCGACUCUACCUCGGUAGAAUACGACGUCGGCGGUAGUACUAGCAGCAAUGGAGGAAGUCUUACCAACAACGAAAACAGUGGACCACCAUAUACACCACUCACGAUCGCAUUACAAGGGACUCUCCAACUGAGCCAUUUACAUAUCUGGACUGAUAUGAACGUGCUCAUGCACCGAUUGAGUUCCGUCGAAUCUCCACGUAAAGAAGAAGAAAUACAGAUCAAGAAACAGGCCAAAAAGAAAGCGUUAGGUCGCACAAUAUCGCCUGGUUAUAUCGUUGCGGGAACGGCCUAUUCUUUGCCGGAGUUACAUGCCGCAACAAAGACUGAUAAAUCGGAGAUAGUAAUAUCAGAAGAGGAAGAAGACGCCGCCAUAAUCGAGAAUGCGCGAAAUCCAUGGACGGCGGGCCAUGGUUCAAAAGUUGUUCGUGGGGAACCUCUCACCCUGAAAUUCAGGGUAAGUUGGGUUUCUGGAGCCGAUAGUCUGGGUUGGUUGGAUCGUGAGGAUGAUUCCGCUCAUAUCCAUCAUGCUCAUGAAGGAACGACGUUUUUGGGUCUGUUGACGAAGUUGAUUUUCUUUGUCAUGGCUGCUGGGAUUGGAGCGUUGUUUGCGUCUUAUUACCAGCGGGUUGUGAGACGGGGUGGUAGUGCUGGUGGUGGUGGACCGGGGGCUUGGAGAGGGGAAGGGAUACUUGGACGUCCGAUGAUGGCGACUGCGUCUUCGAAGGGACAGCGCCGGGGAAGUUUUAGUGGUGUUACGUAUGGGAAUGGGGGGAGGUCGAAUGGGUAUGGUGGGUAUUCGCCUGCUUCUUCUGUCACGUCGACGCCUGGUAAUGGGGGAUAUGGGUAUGGAGGGUAUGGCAAGAAGGAUUGA